AUGGACGAUUUUGUGUCCGCACCAGCCGAGCUCCGGGGGGGCAAGGCCUCUUGGCAAGAUGGCGCCGGAAUCCCCGAGCAUGGAAAGCGCAGGAGACUCGCUGGAGGGAAGCGCCCAGGACGAUGCACUAGCCCAAAUAAGGCAAGAACUGGCUAUGAUCUCGGAGCACAUGCUCACGAAGGCAGACACAGGGGUUUCAUUUCCUCACCCCUCCUGCCCCCCGCCUCUCCCACACACUCCAUGGCUCGAUCGGGAGCCAGGGGGUUCUGCCCCGCUGCGCCUAUGGACAACAUAAGGGGGCUGAACGCGCGGGAGCGGUGGUCACACUUGCUACGGUCCCUGUGGUCUGCAAGGGCCUUAAUGGCAUUCCUCCAGGAGACCCACUUCAAGGGGACAGAAUGUCCCACGCUGCGUGAUGCGAGAUUCCCGAACGAGUACUUCACCAACCACACGGAGGCCAAGAAGGCUGGGGUGGCGAUACUUGUUGUCCAACAUAUACCAUUCUGCUGCACCGAGACAAAAGCAGACCCAAAUGGACACUACCUGUUCCUCAAAGGCACGAUUGCUGACAGGCGAUACACUUUUGCAUCACUAUACGCACAGAACGCGAGGCAACAUCACUUCCUCUCCAAGACCCUUAAGCUACUCGACCAGUUCAGAGAGCGGCUCCUCAUUGUGUCGGGAGACCUUAAUGUCCCACUGGACCCGUGUAUGGACAUAUAUAAAGGCAGUAGCUCGCUCUCGGAGCACUGUCUGUGA